AUGGGGGACCCCGGGGGCAGGUUGGACCCCACACUGGCCACACACCUGGGUAGCAAGUGGGUGCCGGGGGAAGAAGGGGUUAAGCUGAGCCAGCAGCAGAAAUCAGAGGAUUACAGGCCAGUGGCUUACCGUCGCUCACAGCUCACUUGCGAAUCCCUAUGGCAGCAAGUCCGUGUUCCGUGUGGCCUUCAGCGACCCCGUACAGAGAUUGCUGCUAAAAUUGGAGAUAUUCCUCACUUGAAUAAUUCUACAACGCUUGUGGACCCAUCAGUCUACGGUUAUGGAGUGCAGAAACGGCCCCUGGAUGAUGGAGGUCUCCGUGUAAGUGGGCUCCAUGGAGCACAGAUAAGAGACACAGAGAGAAUAGGUAACCAGUUAGGGGCCCUGGUACAUCAAAGGGCUGUAAUAACAGAAGAGUUCAAAGUGCCUGAUAAAAUGGUUGGAUUUAUAAUCGGCAGGGGAGGUGAACAGAUCUCACGGAUUCAGGCAGAGUCUGGCUGCAAAAUUCAAAUUGCUCCAGACAGUGGUGGGAUGCCUGAGAGGCCUUGCGUGCUCACCGGGACACCAGAGAGCAUUGAACAAGCAAAACGGCUACUGGGGCAGAUUGUAGAUCGCUGUCGGAACGGACCUGGUUUUCACAACGAUGUUGAUGGCAACAGUACGAUUCAGGAGAUUUUGAUCCCGGCAUCCAAAGUGGGUCUAGUCAUCGGCAAAGGAGGUGAAACAAUAAAACAGUUGCAGGAACGAACAGGUGUGAAAAUGAUUAUGAUCCAAGAUGGUCCAUUGCCUACUGGAGCAGAUAAACCUCUCCGUAUUACUGGAGAUGCAUUUAAAGUACAGCAAGCGAGGGAAAUGGUACUGGAGAUCAUCCGAGAGAAAGAUCAGGCAGACUUCCGAGGCGUACGCAAUGAUUUCAGUUCUAGAAUGGGAGGAGGCAGCAUAGAGGUCUCUGUGCCCAGGUUUGCUGUUGGAAUUGUGAUAGGAAGAAAUGGAGAAAUGAUCAAAAAGAUUCAGAAUGAUGCUGGAGUUAGGAUUCAAUUUAAACCAGAUGAUGGGAUUAGUUCUGAAAGAGUCGCACAGGUCAUGGGGCUUCCCGAUAGGUGUCAACACGCAGCACACAUCAUCAGUGAGCUCAUUCUCACAGCACAGGAACGAGAUGGCUUUGGAAGCUUGGCUGUUGCCCGAGGAAGAGGCCGUGGCCGUGGGGACUGGAGCGUUGGGACACCUGGGGGCAUGCAGGAAAUAACCUACACAGUGCCAGCCGAUAAAUGUGGUCUUGUUAUAGGCAAAGGUGGUGAGAACAUCAAGAGCAUAAAUCAGCAGUCAGGAGCUCAUGUGGAGCUCCAGAGAAACCCACCUCCGAACACAGACCCUGGUGUACGAAUAUUCACAAUCAGAGGAGUUCCCCAGCAAAUUGAACUCGCUAGACAUCUCAUAGAUGAGAAAGUUGGUGGUACCAGCAUGGGUGGACCUGGAGGAUUUGGUCAAAGUCCGUUCAGCCAAGCACCUGCUACACCUCAUCAAAAUGGUCCUCAGGCGUUCAUGACGCAGGGUUGGGGCAGUACCUACCAGACGUGGCAGCAGCCUGGACAGCAAGUCCCAAGCCAACAGAGCCAGCAGCAGAACAGCCAUCCUGAUUACAGCAAAGCAUGGGAGGAGUAUUUCAAAAAACAGAGUCAUGCUGCCAGCGCUGCUUCUCAGGCAAGUUCCCAGCCGGACUACACGAUGGCUUGGGCAGAGUAUUACAGACAGCAGGCUGCCUACUAUGGGCAGACACUAGGGCAGGCUCAGGCCCACAGCCAGGAGCAGUAGAACAAGGUCCUCGUGGCUAAUUUUUUUUUUUUUUUUUUUCUUGGAAUCAUUGUGGAAGAAAACCUUUUUGUAACAGAGGUUUCUAGAUUUGCAACAUUUUGAUGAAGACUUUUCUGUUUGUUUGUGAAACACUAGUUGUAGGAUAAUCUAUACUGAACUUUUCUAAGAAUCAGGAACAAUUAGUAAUGUACUAAACUCAUGGACGUGCUGGUAAUUUUGUUUCCAAAUUUAUAAAAAAAAAAAAAAAAAAAACAAAACAAAACCUCUGGGUUUCUUUUUGGAGAGAAGCCAGGGAAUUUGCAGGCACCAAAACGCACCCCAGAGCUGUGACAUUUCAACAUGUGGGUUUUUUGUGUGUUUUUUUCCUUUUAAUUUUCGAUCUUUUCUGUUGCAACAGAAAGAGUGGCUUGGAAGUCUUAGGUGGUAUGUAACAAAUCCU